GUUCUGUUGGUGUAGAGAUCGCUCUCUGCAGCUCAACAGCUCAGCGGAUACGUCCAAGUAAUUUUUGUUUCUGUUUUGUUGGAUGGAUUUUUGUACAAUUUUCGGUUCGUACACAAAUCGGAUACACAGUACUAUCUUUUUUGCUAUUCCGUUCGCUUGUUCAUCUUUUUUCGAAAAGUUAGCUCUCGGGAAUUGUGCUGACGGCGAUGAGAUUUUUACUUAUAUACAUGUGCUGUGUGUUCGCAUGUAUAUAAGCCGAAAGUGCGAAUCAGAGGGAGAGUCCGAGAGAGAGACGAUCGCGCCGCGGUAGUUUAGGGUGUGAGAGAGAGUGUUUCAGGCAGAAAGCAAAAGCAACAGUGGCCAGCUAGCAGCGCACCUUUUGUACAUAGGAGAAAUAUAUCGAUAUAGUGCUUAGCAUUGCUUCUCAAAAUGGCAACCCGUGAAAAGAAGCCCCGAUCAGUGAAUUCGGACUCCCCCACCCCGUCCCUCGGUGGCGGUAGCGAUUCGACACCUUCGACACCUACCAGCAAAGGUAAAGGCAGUCGCACAUCCUUGAGCAGACAAAAGUCGAAGCAACUUCAGAACACAAACGAAGAUUCUGUUCAAUCAACUGAUGAUAUCUCUGAUGCAGCAGCAGCAACUACCGAAACAAUCGGCGGAAGUGGCGGCAGUAAGACAAACAGAACCACAAGAGGAGCCACAAAAGAUGAUCCUUCGGAGCCAUCUGCGCACUGCAAGGAGAAGGAUGACAGCAGCAAGGAUGCUAAAGAUUCGCGAAAAACAGUGACCAAAAAGAAGAAAACUGUUAACAGCAGCGGCAGCGGUGCUAGGACCAAAACUACUGUUAGUGCACUUAAGAAAACAACAUUAAUGAAGCGAAAAACUAGGCCAAUCAUUGGCAAACCAGUGCUUGGCAAAAAGGUGAUUGCACGUAAACAAAUGAACGCCAAAGGCAAAAAAGUGGUGACCGUGACCGUGAAAGAAGAUGAUAGUAAAAAUACUAGCCUGCGCAAUGGCAAACCUCGCGCUACGGACAGUCCCCUUCCCAAGCGUAAAUUACCUACCCCAAAAGAUAAAUCCCCACGCGAGUUGACGUCGGAUGUCGUUACAGUGAAAAUGGAACGACGAAGAUCCGAUUCGGUAUCUAAGUGUUCGGAUGUGACGGAAGCGAGCACAGUGGAUACCUCCUUCUGCAAGGAAGAUGAUGACAAAAAGGACGAUACAACGUUACUGGAAAUUAAACGUGAACUCAUGCAAGAAAAUGAGUUGAAAACCAAACUGCUGGAUAAAAUGGCAGAAACAUUCAACGAACAGCGGAAAACUCCUACGGUUCUAAACUCCAAGGAUGAAAAAACAGUUCGUCGCAGUGCUCGCCAACGCAAAAGUACCACCAGGGAUAGGGACGAGUUUGUUACGCCGAAGCUUAAAGCUCCGGUGGAAAUAAAGUCGGAACCCGUAGACACGGAUGAAGCCGAAUCGGUUCCGCCUCUGACCAUCGAUACGGAAUCCCCGGCCAAGGAGGCCCCGAGCAGUGAGUUGGAGAAGGACUCUUCUCUCAGCCCGGAUCUUGUUAGUGAAGGUGUUUCGGAAAUAAGUGUUAAAGAAUUUUAUAGUGAGCCGGCUUUCCUUGAAAAUAAUCUGGGAAUCGAAAAGGAUCCCAAGUUGGGUGAAAUUGUGCAAGGACAAGAAAAAAUCAAGUUGGAUAAGUGUAGUGGCAGUUCGCCGGUUGCAAACGGUGGUGGCUCUUCUGUGAAAUCGGGGGAAAUCGGGCCGGUUGUAGUGAAGGAAGAAAAAAUCGAGGACGAAGAAAUGAAAGAGCAUAAUUUGGUGCAAGAAGUGAAGUUGGAAAGUGAACAUAUCGAGGUGGAAAAAUUGCGGGAAAUUAUCGGUAUAGUCGAGCCAACUAAAACCAUCCCCCCUAUAGUAGUAAUCCCCAAAGAAGAAAAUUCCGGUAAUGAAUCGCCUGUUUCUGAUCGAUCGAACGAUAAGGAUAUGCUGUCGAGCAUAUACAACAAAGUGGAAAGCAUGCUGAAGAAAAAUGAUUCCCGCUCGGAUUCAGAUGGAGAGAGAACUUCGAAGCAGACUGUUUCAAGGGGUAAAACCACUGUCAAGGAAGCGAAGCCAAAGGCUCGAAAUGUGAAGGAAAAAAGUAAGGAAGACGAAAAGGCAAAAGAGGAAAAGCUGCGCCAAGAAAAGCUCCGUGUCGAGGAGAAAGUGCGAGAAGAAAAGCUCCGUGCUGAGCUACUCAAACUGGAGGAGCAGAAAAAGCUGAUGGAGGAGAAAAGUCUUCAAGAUGUAAAGAACAAACGAAAAGACGAUAUCAAAGAGAUCAUGUUGACAGCGGCCCCCGAACUGAUUGGUAAGCAAGACAAUUUUAAACAAGCGGAAGAGGUUGUGUCGGUUGUGGAGAAAGUGCUUCCGACAACCACUUUAACAACUCUUAGCCUCACGUCAGCCGAUUCACAUUUGGUACUCUCUGUCACUUCUUCGGAUGCAAUCGAUGUCGUCGAAAGCCCGAAAAUGGAGACGGCGAAAUUAGACCCGAUAGUGACCAACACUAUAACGUUGGAAAAUCUCCCCGCCAUCACUCUUCUGAAAAAGGAUCCAAAACAGAUGAAGGACGACACUAAAGUUGAAAAUGUUGUGAUGAAGGCUGAAUUGAAGAUUUUGCCCAUUAAUGAUGAUAAGCAGAAGGAAAAAGACCGAGAGUUGCCGGUUCAUUCGAUGGGUGAGAAUAAUGCUACCAUUAUAACACUAACGAGCGUUACAGCCCAAGGUAAUCAAUCUCCUCUCAGCGUUAUCAAAAUUAGUUCCGAAGAAGACUGUGCGAAUACUGCUAUUUUCAAAGAAAUGUCAGCAGAAACGCAAGAAAUAGAAAUCCCUGAAGCGGUUGAAAAUCGUGACGAGAUCAUGGAAGAUUUACAAUUGGAUAUAAGAAAGAAUGUUGAUACUGAGUCGCUCGACGUGACCGAUGUGCUUCCAGUGGUAGACCCCUCCACCAAAUCGACGACCGACGACGCAGCAUCCUUAAUGGUUCUCGAAGAAUCUGAAGAUGUUGCCAAGCAGAAAGAGUUUCAUUUGAAGAAUUUGGGCUUACUCACCCUACAGGCAGCGAGUGCGGAAAAGCAACGCCGUAAAGAGCUUAUUCUGCAAAACUGUACCGGAGGAGGAGGAUCGGGAAGUGGAUAUAGCUCGUCCUCCAGCAGUGGCAAAGGCAGUAAAUCAAGCCGAAACUCCGAGUCCACCGGUACCCUGAAAACUGUGAUAAAACUUAAUCGAGGUGAAAAGCGCAAACCACGACUGCCACUGAAAAUGACCCUACAGAAGGGAAAAGGCAAAGGCACCGAAAAGGAUGCCAACGGUAGCGGCGGAAAUGGAGAAACAGCAUUCUACAUAAUUCAGAAUGAGACCGAACAUCAGAAUCAAUCGAUGACAGACGCAACAGGAGUACCACCUGGGAGGAAAGCACACAGUCGCUCCCAUACUACCGAUGGCGUCACGCUUACAGAAGUAGUUGCCGAAACUGCCGUAAAGGAUGUGGUUCAGAAGGCGUUGGUUAUUCCCGAAAAGGCAUCAUCCUUCAAUGUUCAUCCGGAACGCCUUUGCCAGGACCAAUGCUUCUAUUGCGGAGGAAAGUUUGGUCUGUACGACACACCGUGCCACAUCGCAGGAAUGAAAUCUACCGAGAGGCAACAGAAAAUACUAGCUGGCGAAGUCAAAAUCAAGAUUGAUAGCUGUCUGUGUGAUGCCUGUUUCCGGCACGUGGACAGGAAGGCAAAUUGUGCCUCCUACAGAAGGCGAACCGAAGCCAAAUCCCUGUCAUCGCUAGCUAAAAUCCGCAGCAGCCUCGACGCGUCUCAGGAAGAAAAACAAUCCCAAGAUGACAGUGUGUCUAUUCCGGGAGCAGUAACUGUGGACAAUGUAUCUCUAUCAAUAACACAGGACUCUCAGGAGCCAGCAGCAACAGCCCGAACGAUGGCGGCGACCAACAAGUUGGAGGCAGACGCGACUGACGAGACGAAAAUCCACGGCAAUUGUCACGUGCGCAGUUGUGGGGCAGGUGCUUCCCACACAAUCCGUCGCAAAUGGCUGCUGAAGAUGCGGAAAACUAUUAGCAAAAUAUUUGAGAUUAAUUUGGAGCAAACCAGUAGCUUGGUGUCGAAUCUGAUUCCCAUCUGCGAUGGACAUUAUGAGCUGAUCAGUCACCUCAUGGUUUGUGCGAUGUGCAAACGCCGACUGCCGAAAAAUCAUAUCUAUUAUAUUGUAAAUGAAAUUCCACAAUUAGAACGCCUUAUCCAAGAGCAGGGAAUAGCAAUGAAACUAGGCAAUUCAACUUUGGUCGUGUGUAAAUUAUGUAGAUAUUAUGCUAAUUUAUUGCUUAAACCGCCGGAUGCAAAAUCCCAGAAGGCACAGUUCAUCAAGAACUAUAACAGAAGACUGCUACAAUUCUCUGAGCGUGAAAACGAACAGCAAGAAAAUAUUCCCGCUGUUGUAGAACCAUCCAGGGUUGUCACCAAUCCGGACAUAGUGAUUUCGGAUGGGGAGGAGGAGGAGUCAAUUGAGGUGGUUACAAUGGGUGAAUCCGUUUCGCUGCACCGACGGAGUCGCCACGUAGUCCACAAAGCUACUGAUCUCGCGAUUGUCGAUGGUGGUGGUGGAGGCGGUUGUGCUCAGAUGAGUGACCUUGAGGAGGUUACAAUCACACCAACACCCAAACUUAUUGCACCUGUUAAUGUUAAUAUCAGCGGAAAUAGCUCAAUCGUUCUCGAUACGGACGUAUCGGUGGAACAACCGGCUUCGGCCGAAAAACAACGUAAAGAUGAUGGUCUCGAUAUGGCAAAGGCAUUGAAGGCGAAUCCAAACAUUUCUAUGCGGGAACUGUUCCCGGGUGAGGAAGAGUUGAGUGUUCAUAUAAAUAUUCCAUUUAGUGCUGCUACGACGCGUACGCCCGAAGGGUGGGCUAAGGUAACCACAACUCUGCAAUACGAUGAUUCCACUCGGGCACUUUGGGAGGAAUUGCAAAAACCAUACGGCAAUCAGUCUAGUUUCCUAAGGCAUCUAAUUUUGUUGGAGAAAUAUUACCGCAAUGGUGAUUUAAUUCUUUCGCCCCAAGCUAAGAACAAUGCGGCGACAUAUUCUGAAGCCAUUCAGAACCGUCUCCGGUCGUUUGAUAACAUACCGACCCCACCACCUCCUCCAGCAGCACCAGCAGCAGCGAUCGAUAAAAGCACUAUUUUCCAGCAACUUGGAAAUGCCCCGAUUACCAUCACUCCAACCGGGAAGUUGAGAACAAAAUCCUCCACCGAACCAAUUAGCUUACUAAAGUCGAAUAAUCCACAUCUCGUCGGUGGAACUUCCACCCCGACUGAUCCAGUGGUUUCAACGAAACGAAAGCUUUCGGUUGAUACAAAUUCAAAAUCGACAGGUGCAAAACAGGAUCCUGUUCCAGGGAACAAAAUCAUCAAGCUAGACGAAACAAUCGUUGUACCUGGAAGUAAAACCUGUGCUCUGGUGCCACCGGAGCUAAUCAGCAUCAACACGAAACAGAAUGUCACUAUCACAACAAUUCCGGUGGCGACAAGCAAAUCUCAAACCUCCGGAACUCAACAGAAUCAAUCAGCGGCGAUUCAUCAGCAAUCGCUGAUACAGCCCCAGCAGCAAUCACUGUUGCAAUCUGCACCCCAGAACAAGAAAUCACCCGGAUCGACAGGGGCGGGGGCUCGUGAGAUCAUCAAACUUCCCGACCAACUAACCGAAGCGGAACGACGUGAAACGUCCAAACCGUGGCGUCCAACGCUUAUACCGAUCACGCCUGGUAGCGCGGAAGCCAUCAAAGCAGGGCCACUCUAUCAAACCGCUGAUGGAAGAAGGCUUCCCAAAUUGGUGCAGGUCAUGUCUGGCGGUAAACCAUAUCAUAUCUCAAUCAACGAUUACAAUCGUAUGUGUAUACUUAGACGUGAGAAAUUACUUCAGCAGCAGCAGCAAUUGUUACAGCAACAAAUUAAUCAACACCAGAAACGGCUCCAGCAACAGUCACCUCCAAAUCAGUCCACUUUGAGUGCGGUGACUAAGCCACCAAACGUUAAAAUCACCGAUAACCAAAUGAGUUCCAAAAUGGUUCAAAUUCCGAACCAGAUCCUUGAACAAAACUCUUUAAUACCUAUCGCUAGUAGCAUUAAUACUAGCAACAACAAUAACAGCGGCUCGAUUCUUGGAAGUUCGAAAACCAUGGGUCUUAGUACCGAUCAACUUCAGCAGCUGAUCAAGACCCGUAAACCAGGUGGCAAUAGCCAUCUGUCACCUCCCGUAACAAGCAGUACAACAACAAGUGCGUUCAUGAGAAACACGAUGGCGAUGAAUGCUCCAACGAAAGCCAUUUCGUUGCCCAAUAGCACCAGUGUGUUUUCGAUGACCGUGCCGAGCCAUCAAUCGCAACAGCAGCAGCACCCAUCCAGUGCUACUUCGCCUGUUGCAACCCUCCCCACAACAACAACCACCUCGUCGCAGAUCGAUCAACUGUUGAAAGGUAGCAACCAAUUUCUGAACAGCUUCGUCAGUCAGUCGCAGCUGAACGCGAUGGUGGUGGCAGCAGCGGCGGCGGCGGCGGCAGCGGCAGCCUCCAAUUCGAACACUACUCCUGGCGGAACCAGCAGUGGCGGCGGUUCCAUCCUGAUGGACAACUCAGCCGCCCAGCUACUCUCCAAGAUACCAAAAUCCCUAACUGUGAUACCACAACAAAAACAAAGAUCCUUGUCACGUGUCUCCUCGAACGAGGACCAAAGCAGUGCCUAAGCAAAUGAAAUCAAUGAUACAAGAAAAAAACAAAAACUGCACAUUUAAGAAAAAAAGAAAGAAAAAAACAUACAUUUUUAGGAUUUAGAUUUCUUUUUACAAAACGAAAAAAAAACAAACAUGAAUUAGCAACAACAACAACAAAGCGGAACAAAUAAUAUCGGAUAAACACAGCAGGCUUGGCAAUCAAUCGGAUGCUCUAGUCACUUUGGCUUGUCUUUAAAUAUUUAAUUAUUUGUGAUCUCUCGUUGAUUGAGAUGAUGGGAAGUUUGAAUCAAAGCAAAACACACAUUCCAACACUGGAGAUCAUUUUUGUUUGUUAAUUAUAUGCAAUCCUCCAAGAGCCAGUGAAAGCUGCCACGAACGCCUUCGCGCGCUGGGUGUAUUUUUUUCUCGAUCGUAUUGAGACACGCUUUUUUUCUCCGGUAGAUACUUUGAAAAAGUUAGGCGACGAAGAUUUUAUUUUUGGUAUCACAUUAUUGUCACGACGAUCGUCAUUGCUUUGUGAACAACAAUUAAUUUAUUAGGGAGAGACGAAGGCGAGCAAAUAUUUCACGUAAACAAAGGUGAAAUCUUUCAUUUCUCAUUGCCAACUAGAUGCAGCAGCAGCAGCAGCAUAAUUUGGUAUAUUUUUCCAACAGCAUAAGUUUCUUUCACCUUCCUUAUGAUCUUUUACUAUACACACAUACUCUUAAUCUAAGAAGGAAAGAUGCGACACUUUCGAACGGCGCCGCUGUUUGACUGGGUGAAGCUAAUUUUUGAUUCAGAUAUUUUAUAAAAGCAGCAUCCGUUUUGUGUAUUUGCUUUCUACACAGUGCUACAUAGUUACACUUUUAUUUCUUCCUGCAAGACUAGUUGUGUAAGAUCCAAUUCAUGAAAAUAUAACGAUAAAUGCACCUGUUUACAUUGUAAGGUUACAUAGUUAAGGAGAGAACAAUAUGAAGACAAAACACUGUUGGAAUUAUAAACAAUGAGAUACGAAUAAAGAGAGAAAAAAAAGUUACAAAAAAAUCGCCGAGCAAAAAGUAUAAUAUAGUUGAUUAUUAUUUAAAAUAUUAGAAUUCUUACUAUAAAUAAAAUCGCUAAAAAAUAAAGCGCGGUCGUCGUGAACAGUCGUAAACGGUCGUAAAUGUUCGUAUUCUUUACGUAAACACAAACAUAGUGAGAGAGUGAGCAGUGAGCAGCUGCGAUGCGUUUUUUGUGUGAGAGAGUGUGUGCGUCUGCGUUGUUGCGAGAGUCUGUUUGAGUGCAACAGCAAAGCUAUUCCAAUGACUUUGCGGUAAACUUAUUAAAACAUAGAAUUGGGCCGCUAGUCAGAGAAAUAAGGAAGCAUAUUUUAUCAAUCUUGUCAGCUACAGAAAAGUUAAAUAAUAACACAUUAAGCAUAUGAUACGAAUUGAAAGUGUAUAGAUUUGAAAUAAAUCUAAAAAUAUUCUCAUA